AUGUUGCGACACACUCUUCUAGUGGCUCUCUGUCUAUCCCAGCAAGCCGUAGCAACUUCCAAUCCCCCAAUUAGGAUUGCUGCUCCUGGUAUCGUGCCCCCUGGAGCUUCCCAAAUCGUGGAUCAUGCUUUCGCAUCUUUCUCUUUCCCGGCCCAUUGGCUUCCUGAUUUCGCUGGAAAUAAUAGUCACCCUAACCUGUUCUCCCGUGAUAUCCUAGAUCUACUUUAUAUGCUAAUACCAAGUACUAGCGAUCGAACGUACUAUAAUGCUUCGCAAGAGCAGUCAAUCCAGGUGGAGACGGGUGCUAAUGGCAUUCCGUCAGCAGUUUAUAUUGGACCUGUUUACUUUGAAGCCUUUAAUAAUUUUCCAGGUUCAUUGUGGAGCUUCCAGGCUAACCUUGCCAACAAUGCAAGCUGGGGUCUCAACAACACCAUGGAAGUGUGCAAACAUGUAAUGAACACGCUAAAAGGCGACCUGAUUGACUUUGAGAUUGGAAAUGAGGUAGAUCUCUACCCGUGUGCCGUUCGGUCCUGUGAGUAUACCGUUUACGACUACCUUCAAGAGUGGACUACGUAUGCGGAUGCAAUUUCAGAAACUGUCCUCAAAGGAAAUCGGUAUGGCCUCGAUGAGCAAAGGUUCUUCCAAGCUCUGGUAUUCGCCAACGCGCAAUUAAAAACCUUCACCACUCCUAACGCGUUUAAUGGCGGCAUUGACUUGACUGACCACGUCAAAUCCGUUUCUCUACACCACUAUGCUGCUGGCAACCAGGGUUGGGUCAGACUUCAGGAGUCAGAAACUUUCAUGAACCACACUGCUGUUGUGGCUAAUCUUAGCAUCUAUUCGCCAGCAAAUGAGUACUUGAAGACUAACUACCCUAACAUCACUUUCUUGCUCGGGGAGACAAAUAGUGAUUACACUAAUCUACUGAUGAAUCAAGUAGAGGGAGUUUUCGGUAGCUCGCUAUGGCUGAUUGACUACCUCAUGUAUGGAAUGUCUCUGAAUAUCACACGCUUCAAUCUCAUUCAAGGAACCACAUUCGGAUAUACGGGUUGGGUUCCUGUACCCACUGGCAAUAUGCAACCCUAUGUCAGACCACCACUGUAUGGCCAAAUCGUUGUGGCCGACGUAAUUGGCCAUAAUCCCUACGUUCAAAUUUUGCCCAUCGAUCUCGGCCCUGAGCUCUGGAAAUUCUCUGCGUAUGGUGUUUACGAGUCAUCAAAGUUGAACAAAUACGUGCUCAUCAAUCUUGACGAGUGGAAUUCCACUACUAGAUACCCUCGUCCAAGCCAACAGAUUAAGUUGAACUUUCCCUCUGGAGUAAAGGUUGCCAAAGUGCAGAGGCUUCUUGGAGCAGGAGCUAGCGCAGACUCGGGUAUUUCGUGGGGUGGGCUCAGCUGGAACUAUACCCAUGGGCGGCUCACACAGUCGGGUAGACCCCAUAAUGAGGUGUUACGCAUUUCAAAAGGAAUGGCUAAGUUGACAAUUCCAUCCACAGAAGCCGUUGUCGUGACAUUGGAUGAGUAG